AUGGCUUUCUUCAUUGUAUCUAUUGUAGCACCUCUAUAUGACAGUAUCAUUUGGUUCUUCGCUAAUCUGGCAUUGUUGAUAUUGGAUGGAAUUUACCAUGGUAUUGAGAACUUUGUACAUGAAGCAUCAUAUAUGAGUGCAAUUGGUACAACUCCUGGAUUUGGUGACAAGACAUUUAUUGUCCAGGGUUUUGGUAAUGUAGGUCUUCACAGUAUGCGUUAUCUACAUCGUCACGGUGCUAAAUGUAUAGGAAUUGCAGAAAUAGAUGGUAGUAUCUUCAAUCCAGCUGGUAUUGACCCUAAAGAAUUGGAAAACUAUAAAAUUGAUAAUGGUACAAUAGUUGGCUUUCCUGGCGCAGAAUCCUACGACAAAAAUCUGUUGACAGAGGAGUGUGACAUAUUAGUACCAUGUGCUGCUGAAAAAGCAAUUACUGCUGAGAUUGCUAAAAAUAUGAAAUGUCGGAUUGUUGCGGAAGGUGCCAACGGUCCAACAACUCCAGCUGCUGAACAAAUUCUUCUUGAUAGAAAUAUUUUAGUUUUACCUGAUCUAUUCCUGAAUGCUGGUGGUGUAACCGUGUCAUACUUUGAAUGGCUAAAGAAUCUGAAUCAUGUCAGUUAUGGACGUCUUACAUUUAAAUAUGAAAGAGAAUCAAAUUACGAUAUUUUGGGCAGUGUACAAGAAAGUUUAGAGCGUAAAUUUGGACGUGAUGGCGGUAAAAUUCCAAUCACACCAUCAGAUCAAUUUAGGAUGAAAAUAGCUGGAGCAAGUGAAAAAGACAUUGUACACAGUGGGUUGGCACAGACCAUGGAAAAAUCUUCAAGGAGUAUUAUGAAAACAGCUACUAAAUACAACCUUGGUCUUGAUCUCCGUACCGCUGCAUUCGUGAAUGCUAUUGAGAAGAUUUAUACAUCUUAUAAAGAAUCUGGUCUUACUUUUACUUAGAACAAACC